AUGCGAGAGGUGGUUAAGAAGGAAAUUAUUAAUUGGCUAGAUGCAGGAGUAGUUUAUCCUAUUUCUGAUAGCAAAUGGGCGAGCCCAGUUCAAUGUGUGCCCAAGAAAGGCAGCAUAACUGUUGUUGCAAAUGAAAAGAAUGAGUUGAUUCCUCUCAGUCCUAUGACUGGUUGGAGAGUUUGCAUGUACUACCGCAAAUUAAAAUCAUGGACUUUAAAGGACUACUUCCCAGUGUCAUUCAUGGAUCAAAUGCUUGAUCGGUUGGUGGGAAGGAGGUGUUAUUGCUUCUUGGAUGGAUAUUCUAGCUACAAUCAAAUCUGUAUUGCUCCUGAAAAUUAG